CAACGCGGCGGCUCCUGGGCGGCCGGGCUCGGGAGAGCUCGGACAGAGGAACUAUUUCUUCUGGGGAUGCAGGCCCGGCCCGGCCCAUUGAUACCCCUCGCGCGCUCCGCCCCAGGGACCCCUAAGGCAGCGUGUACACACAGCGUGGGCCUGAGGCACCCUUUGCCUGGCCCCUUGUGUAGAGUGCGUCUCGAAUGGAGCCCCUCAGGCUGGGACUCUUCACACCCAUGUUAUGCUAGUGCAAGUGACGUCACAAAGUGCAAGGUGCUGAGGAAUCCGGCCCGAUAAAAGCACAGACGGAAGGCAGCGCUGACCCUGCUCUGCCCAACGGAGGAUAAAUGGGGAAGAGGUAUUUCUGUGACUACUGUGACCGAUCCUUUCAAGACAAUCUUCACAACAGGAAGAAGCACCUGAACGGGGUGCAGCACCUGAGGGCCAAAAAGGCCUGGUAUGACCUGUUCCGAGAUGCUGCUGCUGUCCUGCUGGAGGAGCAAAGCAAGAAGCCCUGCAGGAAAUUUCUGCAAACAGGGCAAUGCGACUUUGGGUUCAACUGCAGAUUCUCUCACAUGACUGAGGAGGAUCUGGAGAAGCUGAACGCACAGGUACAAGAGGAAAGGAGAUCAAAGGAGGAAGGAGCAGAGGUCCCAGCUGGCACAGUAGAGGACUGGCUGGAGAAGAGAGCAAAGAGGGUGAGCUUGGCUCAGAGCAACAGUUCCCUGACGGAGAAGACGUUGGUUUUUCAGUACCCCCCGGGCUGGCCUCCAAUACAGGACCUUCCCCCAUCCCUUCAGGCUCCACCCCCUGGAGGAUGGCCAGUCUUACCCAACCUCCAGUGGGGAUGAAGGCUGCAGGGGCGUAGAUGUGUGGAGUUAUGCCUCAUGGAGAAGAGAGGGGCUCUGUUUGCUGUAGGAAAUGUUCAGUAUUACUUCAUAUAUAUUUUUUAAAUGAAUAAAAGUCACUUGAGUCA